AUGGAGUCCUCGACAUUUCCCUCUUCUGGUUCUACUACUUCGCAACUUGGCAGAGCCGCCAUUGAAGAUCCUCUGAAUCUGUUCUUCCUUCAUCAUUCUGACAGCCCAGGGCUUGUACUUGUUUCACAGCAGCUUACUGGCGACAACUAUACAUCUUGCAGUCGCGCGAUGAUGAUUGCUUUAUCCGUGAAGAAUAAACUCGGUUUCAUCGAUGGUUCCAUUCUACGCCCAGACGGUACGGAUGUGAAUUUUCUAAACUCUUGGAUUCGGAAUAACAACAUAGUUAUUUCUUGGAUUCUUAAUUCUGUUUCCAAAGAAAUUUCUGUUAGUGUGUUAUUCUCUGAUUCAGCCUUUAAAAUCUGGAUCGAUCUUGAAGAUCGAUUUCAACAAAGUAAUGGCCCUAGAAUUUUUCAAUUGCACCAAGAAUUAGUGAAUCAUGUUCAAAAUCAACAAUCUGUUGGCGUAUAUUUCACGAGAUUGAAGGCGUUAUGGGAAGAAUUGAACAAUUUCUGA